AUGGCCAUCAUCAAAAAGCUUAACUCAAUAGAGGUGGUUGCAGCAAUUGAGAAAAUCCUCCUGGAUGUCUGCAAGGUCAAGGUGGUGCAGUCAGCCAACAAAAACUUCCCUCAGCGGCUCAAGGCAUCACGGCUUAAUCGGUCAGAUUGUCUCCACAUUCUGUCCAACUACGAGCAAUUCUUCAAGGAGAUCGAGAAGAGCGCCAAGGACGACGAAACAAGGCUGAAGAUCUCCAGCACCAGACGAGUGUGGGAACUCUACUACCCACUUGUCUGCCUCACUGCACAAGCAACAGUUAACAUCAGCGAGGAGGAGUGGCUCACACGUGCACGAGAGUUUGGGCAGGCCUUCGUUGAUGCGUACCAAGCAGAGGAUGUCACCACCUACAUCCAUAUCUUCGUGUUCCACUUCGGCUUCUUCCUCGACAAGUACAACGGCCUCGAGAAGUUUGCAAACUACGCCCUCGAAGGAAAGCACAGUGUCAUUAAACGGAUCCUUGCCUACGGCUCUUCUGGAUUCGGCGCUCACUGA